GCGUUCAGGAACUACACUUCCCGGCAUCCUCCGCGGCGGCCGCACGGAGCGCAUGCGCAGUGAGCUCGGCUGAUCCAAGUUUGGAGCUCUGGCCCAUCAUGUAGGUGCAGAGCCCGGGAGCAGAGGGAGAGAGCGGCAGCGGCCAGCCUGAGCGGCCUUCACCCAGCUUUAUUGGCAAGCAGCGCGCGAGCAGCACUUUGCAGCUUGUUCUGAGAGAGCCCCAGCAGGGGAGGCAGAGUCUUUGUGCACCCCUCCCCCACCCGAGCAGAGGGGAGAAUGUCUCAGUCCAGGGGAGGACGGAGGAGAAAUCCGAACUUGAAAAUUUCAAAGGAAGUCUUUGAACCGCAAGCCACUUCACCAACACCACCACGAGAUCUUGACUCCAAGGCGUCCAUCCUUAUUGGAGAAAAGAACUUUGAGGUGAAGGCAGAUGACUUGGAGCCUAUAGAGGAACUUGGACGAGGAGCCUAUGGCGUUGUGGAGAAGAUGCGUCACGUACCCAGCGGACAGAUCAUGGCAGUUAAGCGCAUCAGGGCGACAGUGAACAGCCAGGAACAGAAGAGACUUCUAAUGGACUUGGAUAUCUCCAUGCGCACCGUGGAUUGUCACUUUACUGUCACAUUUUAUGGAGCAUUAUUUAGAGAGGGCGACGUAUGGAUCUGCAUGGAGCUAAUGGACACCUCUCUGGACAAAUUCUACAAACACGUCAUCGACAAGGGCCUGACGAUCCCAGAGGACAUACUCGGAAAAAUAGCUGUUUCUAUUGUUCGAGCAUUAGAACAUCUGCAUAGUAAACUCUCCGUGAUCCAUAGAGACGUGAAACCCUCCAAUGUACUGAUUAACACCCAGGGCCAGGUGAAGAUGUGUGACUUUGGCAUCAGCGGUUACUUAGUGGACUCUGUAGCUAAAACCCUGGACGCUGGCUGUAAGCCCUACAUGGCGCCUGAAAGAAUAAAUCCAGAUCUCAACCAGAAAGGCUACAGCGUGAAGUCUGACAUUUGGAGCCUGGGAAUUACCAUGGUCGAGCUGGCAAUUCUGCGCUUUCCGUAUGAUUCUUGGGGAACCCCCUUUCAGCAGCUAAAACAGGUGGUGGAGGAACCGUCGCCCCAGCUGCCUGCAGAUAGGUUCUCGGCUGAUUUUGUUGAAUUUACCUCAGAAUGCUUGAAGAAGAAUUCCAAUGAGCGUCCAACUUACACAGAACUUAUGCAACAUCCCUUCUUCACACUGCAUGAAACGAAGAACACUGACGUGGCGUCGUUUGUCAAGUGUGUUCUGGGAGAUUAAACCGAUGCCACACGAUCCGUUUCACAACGUACGCACGGACUUCUCCCUUAAAAUGGCUGCCGUGCUCUAGUUCCCAAAGCAUUGCAUCAUGGGACUGGGAAAACUGGACUCUAUAAUCUGCUGGCGUCCCAACGAGGGAUGCCAUUCUAGCUGGCCGAGAACCCUAACCUCUUCUCUGCCACGGCAGUGCAAGCGUUAACGCCUCUUACCUUAGAGGCUCAUUGUUGGUUUAGAGUCAUUUUAGGGAUCUUACGUAUAGAUUUUCCCCCUUUCUUCUUUUUAGUUUUUUUGGUUUUUUUUUAGGUGCUACUGUAGGUUUAUUUUCUUUUUCUAGAUUCCCUCCUAUUGUAUUUUUUUUUUUUUUUUUUUAUUUAUGUUCUAUAUCUGAAUUAGCUUCUGUUUUUAUGAGAGGAGAUCUGCGUGUGAUGUGGGAGGAGAACCGUUUCAAAUAUUUAUAGGAUUUGCUGGUGAAAGGGUGAAAAUCUUUGUGUAUACUAUUUAAGCCCCCCCCUCUCCCCCAGCUUUUAUUUGAUAUCCUUUUUAUUUUUUACUAAUGGUCCUGGAAGAGUGAGUGAAUAACUGGUGAUUUUGUUUUUUUCGCUCUCUUUUUAGUAGUUGGACAAAGUAGAAUUCGUUUUUCAUUUUUAAAUUUAAUUUUAUUUUUUUUCUUGGCCAAAGAUGAGGAAAAUGUAUUUUGCGUUCUUGACAGAGGUCUUGCAGUAGUACCCUGAAAGGAAAAUAUAUAUUUUAACGAAACCUAUAAACCUGCAGACUGCUUUGUGGCCUUUCAAAUCGAGGAAGAAAUGUCAGCGGGAUGAAUAUUUACUAACAGUGCUGCGUAACGCCGCCAUGCGCCUCACAGAGCCUUAAAACCUCUAGCUGCUGUGCUCUGCAACCCCUUUUUAUUCUUAAUGUGUAUCAGACACUAAAGGCCUGUUUUUAAAAAAAUGUCUUCAUUUUUUUCUGAGAGCUUUGAACCCAUUGCUGUGAGGCGUUUUUUUUUUUCUCCCCCUCCUUCGGUACUGUAGGGACUCAUUAAAUAUAUUUACCCUUCCUAAUAACCAAGGAGUUUUUACGUAACUUUUUAAUUUGUCGAUUUCAACCGGUCUUUAUUUCCCCAAAGAGAAGCGAGUGCUACAUGCCGUGGGACACGUUUAGCCAACUUCUGCCCUCGUGUGCUGGAAACUAGAAGACUCAUUCAUGGUUCUAGAUCGCCAGCUGGGGUGUUUUGGUUCUGUCUGGCACUUUCUGCCUUUAUUUUUCUGAACGUGGCAAAAUUAAUUCCUAUUUUUUUUUGUCACCUUAAUGCAGAUGUAUUUUUUGGGGAAGUGUAUUCGAUUAGCCUUUUGUUACCAGAUGGGCCGGCAACUUGCUGCGAAAGUUUAAACUGGGUCAUGGCAUCCAUGACAGAUAGCAAUGUUUUAUAUUCUUUUAGAAGCCGGUUUAUAAUUGCAUCCUGUUGUGCGGCUUUUUAUCUGGUCCUCUGCAAAUUCUGUAGGUUUAUAAUACUGUGCAUCCUUAAUGAGCUGAACAUAGGGAUUAUAUUGGUGUUUUAUCUCCAAUCAAAUGAAAUGUCUUGCAUAUCAAUUAUAUAUUUUAAUGUCAAACGUGUGGGUUUGUGUUUUUAUUUGUCCAUAUUCAAUGCCCCUUGCGAACCCCAUUUUGCCAAUAAAAGGGUCAUGAUUUGAAA